GACCAGAUCCUGGAGGUCAACGGCCACAACUUCCUGAGCAUCCCGCACGACGAGGCCGUCCGCGUGCUGAAGUCGUCGCGCCACCUCAUGAUGACGGUGAAGGACGUGGGACGGCUGCCGCACGCCCGGACCGUGGUGGGGGAGACCAAGUGGAUCGCCAGCUCGCAGAUCGCAGAGAGCUCCGCCAACAGCAGCGUGGCCAGCUUCUCUGUGGAUCAAGGAGCUUCUGCAGCAGGAAAGCCCGGGUUCUAUAAGGGCGUUGCCGGCUCUCAGGUGACCCUGUCCAGCCUGGUCAACCAAUCCCGCGCCAUGCUGGAGGAGCAGGCGCGCCACCUGCUGACCGAAGCCGAGCGUCAGACCAUGAGCUACUACGUGGAGGAGUACAGGGACGGACACAUCGGCAUCGAGCCGCUGGUCAUGGCGCUGUUCGAGCUGCUCAACACGCACGCCAAGUUUUCCCUCCUGUCGGAGGUGAGAGGGCUGGUCACGCCGCAGGACCUGGAGCGCUUCGACGGGCUGGUGCUGCGGCGAGAGAUCCAGGCCCUGAAGGCGCGGCAGGGGACGGCGGGCGCCGCCAACGCGCCGCCGGACCGCCUGUCCAUGGUGUCGUUUCCAGACACGCUGACGUCGUCAUCAGCCAGCUUCCUGACCAACACAACGCUCAGCUCUGCGCGGAACGACAGCGUGGCGGAGAGUAACGAGGCGGAUCCUCCGGAGAGCCUGAACACGCUGCUGACCGACAUCUCUCUGGAUGACGUUCAGUCCGCCACAGCAGAGUCGCCCCCCUCCUUCAAGCCUCCGCCCCCUCCGGGGUCUCAGAGGCGCCCGGGUAGGCGGGACGCUCUCAUCAAGUGCCCGUCCUCCGAAUCCUCCCAAUCCGGGUUGUACUUCACGGCCCCGAGCUCUUCUUCUGCGCCAAGACGCGACGCCUCCCAGGAUUACGCCGCCAUCAAGAAGAAAAUGCCCAAGGAGAAAAUAACGUCCGCUCAGCUGGCCUCCGUCUCCCAGCACAACAUCGGCCCCUUCCCCAGGGUCCAGUCGCCCAACAGAGCCUCCAAACCGGCCGCCCCGUCCCCCUCGCCCCCGCCGCCGCCGCCACUUCCUGCCCCGCCUCCUCCUCCCUUGCUUCCCUCUAAGCCGGUGUCCCUGUCCAAGGCCUCCCUCGGGCCGCCUGCCGCCUCCAAGCAGCAGUUUGUGACGGUGGAGGUCCACAGGCCCAACGCAGAGCCGGACGUCAACGAGGUUCUGCCGCUCCCCCAGGCUAGAGGCGGCGCCCUGUCCCAGCUGUCCGACAGCGGACAGACCCUCAGCGAGGACAGCGGCGUGGACAUCGCCGAGUCGGGACACGUCAGUAAAGACGGUAGCCCCCGAUCGUCAGCCGCACGCCCCGCCCGCCACUCCCAGGACGGCGGAGGGGAAAACCCGUCCAAACCGCCGGGGCUCCUGGAGCCCACCUCCACGCUAGUGAGGGUGCCAAAGAGUGCCAGCACCCUUGGUAUCGCCAUCGAGGGCGGAGCCAACACUCGCCAGCCGCUGCCGCGCAUCGUCACCAUCCAGAGGGGCGGCUCGGCCCAUAACUGUGGCCAGCUGAAGGUGGGUCAGAUCAUCCUGGAGGUAAACGGGGUUUCCCUCAGGGGCCGAGAGCACCGGGACGCCGCUCGCCUCAUCGCCGAGGCCUUCAAGACCAAAGAGAGGGACCACGUUGACUUCCUGGUGACGGAGUUCAACGUGGCGCUAUAGCUGCUAGCAGGCGAUGACGAUGGUGAUGGUGACGGCCAACCUUCUUCACGAUCCGACGGCACAAACCGAAACAGAACCACCGACUGACUGAUCUCUGAGCCCUUCUCUUUUCUAAUCCAACCUUUAACUUGAAAGGCAUUAUUUCCUCAACGUGUUACCUCUAGCUGUGAGACCCGAUGCGCUGCAGCGAGGAUUCGUGAAUCUUUAUCUUUCUGGUUUCUUUCUGUCUGAAACCUGCAGCUCCUCUCUCUGUCUGACGUCUCCUUUAUUUAUUUAACGUUUAUUUCUGCUUCUGUCUGAGAGUGAACUGUACAGCUGAAACCGACGGAUGCUUGACUUUACAAGCUCGGGUUUGUACUGUAUGUAAAAAUGGACAUAUGUAGAUACAGAUGGAUAUAUGCUGCACACGUUCAAAUGCUCCUAUAUAAAUAAAAACAUGUGUAACCUUUGA